AUGGCGACUAAGGCUUCGAUCUGCUUGUUUGUAUUGGCUUUUGCCUUCUCAAUCUUAGCUUCGUCUCCUGUGAAGAUCUCGGCUGUGAAGGAUGAAGCUAGAGAGUUCGUCCUCACUUUGGCGCACUCUAACUUCUCUGACAUUGUCAGUAAGCACGACUUCAUCGUCCUUGAGUUCUACGCUCCAUGUCAUGACCCUCCAGUUAUUCUUGCCAAAGUUGAUGCCAAUGAUGAAGCAAACAAAGAGCUUGCAUCAGCAUUUGAGAUUAGGGGCUUCCCAACUCUUAAGAUUUUGAGAAAUGGAGGGAAAUCUAUUGAAGAGUACAAAGGUCCUCGUGAGGCUGAUGGUAUUGUUAAGUAUCUGAAGAAACAAAGUGGUUCGGUUUCUGCUGAGAUAAAAUCUGUUGAAGAUGCUAGUAGUCUUAUCGGAUUUGAGAACUUCACGGCUGUAGCUGAGAAAUUUCGCUCUGACUAUGAUUUUGUUCAUACUUCGGAUGCGAAAUUCCUUCCUCGUGGGGAAUCAUCAGUGACUGGCCCCUUGAUCACGGAUGGAGGGGGGCAGCUUGCAAGGUGGGAGGACCCAUAUUCAACACGCAUAAUUAAAAAGGAGGCUGCCACUUCGUCUUUAAAAGAGGAGGAUACCCAGCCCACUUGGAGAGAAACAGAAAUCUACACGUACCACGGGAGUUUCUCUAACAUGCACAGUCCAUAA